AGGCACGGCCCAAGCCCAGCGCAGCUGGGUGCCACCACCUAUGGAAGGCCUGGCGAGCUUGCUCUUCCCUCCGAGGGACUUCAAGUUUUAUCCGGUGCCAAGGCCGUGUGAUGCCACAUCCAUCCCUGCGCAGGGCCAUGGUGACAUGUUCCAGGCUAAUACGCCGGUUUUAAAGAAGCCGGCCACAACAUUGGAACAGCAUACGGCCUUGACAGACAACAAGGAAUGUGCGGAUUGCGGAGCACCGUCGCCCGAAUGGGCUUCGGUGAACCAGGGCGUCCUGGUUUGCAUCCAAUGUGCGGGAUGUCAUCGCGCGAUGGGCGCGCAUGUAUCAAGGAUUAAGUCUGUGACGUUGGACUCUUGGACAUCCCAGGAAGUGGAAAGUUUCGUCGCGAAAGGUGGCAAUCAGAAGGUGAACCGCGAACUUCUGCAGAGCGGCGGGCCACCGCCCCCAGCGAGGGGGGCUCCACGGCUUGAUGUCGACAAGUACAUAUGGAAGAAGUAUCAAGGAGGGGAGAAGGUUUGUAAUGACAAGCUUAAGAGGUCAGUGCCCUUGACUGGAAAGAGCCCAGAGUUUCCGGAGGUCAGCAACAUGGGCACAACGUGCCAUCAAGGUCUCGUGAUGGUCGAUGUCCAAAGUGUGGAUAUUGGAGUUGACCAUGCUCGAGACCUGCGAAUGCUGGGGCCCCUUUUUCUUUCACUCUCAGUCCAACUGAGCAUUGGGUCCCAGAAAUCCGAUUUCACUUCGCAUCGUCGGGGCUCCGAAAAAGCAGGAUGGAGCCCCCCAGAGCGGAAGCAAAUGCUCUGGGAUGCGCAGGAGCGCUAUUUAUGGUGUCGGGUCUGGGAUGGCGAGUUGGGUUUCAAGCAGCUCGCAGGUGAAGGACGAAUCGAUCUCCCCAAGCUCCUGGAGAAUGGAAGCGAUGGAAUCUCAACCCCAGAGGCCGUGGAGGUGGAACUCUUUGCCGCAGAGGACGAUGGAGCUGAUUCGGAUUCUGAGGCAUCUCCCAGAUCUGCGAGCACUGCAGCCACCUUUUCAAAGCUGCAGGAUUCCACUGAUCCAUCCCGUGGCGCUUUCAUCGGCACGGCCAAUUUAAAGGUAACCAUCAUCGAUAUGACGGGGAUGCUGAAGACGCAAACCAAGAAGCCGAUUUCACAGUCCACCUGGGGUUCCAGCGGCUCUGACUGACAGAUGAAUAAAA